UGAAAAUGUCUAUAUGUCAGUGCCUUCUGGACAUCUUUUCUGGUUUUAGCUUAAUUUUCUACUCUUUCGGAGCUCUGCCAUAUGUCGACACAUUCUUUUGGUUCUUUGCUUGUGCCAGUAUCUGGAACUUUACUUUUAUCUUGGGACGAUAUCGAUUUAUCUUAUCUCGACCAGACGAGGCAUUACGUUACAGACACUGGGACUUAAACGCAAGAAUAUACGCCGCCAUUUUUAUGGCUAUACUUGGAAUAGCGGCCUGCAUCUGCUGUCUGGAAAUAGAAGACACAUCCUUGUUCUACUGCGAGUACAGCUUCGGGCACGUCUCGGGCAACAUUGGAUCCGCCAUCCUGCACAUUCUUUUCUUACUGGCUGCUCCUUUGGCCUUGACAAUAAUAUGGAUGAACAAAAUUGGAAAGAUUUAUUCUCGCAAAAAGGUCAUAACUGACGACACAAAUGAGAAAGCAAAGAAUCAGGGCGGGGUUGAUUUUGACACAAAAGUCACAGUAGAUAUCUUUAUCUUCGCCCUGCUUUUGGCCAGUGGAAGCAGAUGGUUAUACAUCCUUUUCAAGCCCCUCACAUACCAGACGAUUGUCAGUCACGAAGUUCUCCUAGGCUUAACUCUUGUCGCAGGCGGUUGCAAAGCGGUCGCAAACCCGAUUUUGUUAUGGCAGCUCCACGAGUAUUGCGCGUCCGAAGGAACUCUGUUGACAGAUCCGAACAAAACCACUCCCAAAAAAUCGGCAGUUGAAAAUGAAGAGCCCAAAAAAGAAGAUGCCGAAAACGAAGAUGCCGGAAAAUCGGCAGCCGAUGACGGCCAGGAUGAUUUCGGUGACGGAACCCAAGCUGACGGAGACACAAAAUUAGGAGACGGAAAAUUGGGAGACAAAAAAUCUGGAGCAAAAAAAUCUGGAAAAAAAUCUGGCGGCAAAAAAUCAAGCGACAAAAAAACGAAAGCUUCUUCUUUAGCGAAGAAGUCAACAGCAAAAAAGUCCGGAUCAAAAAAAUCAGAAGCUAAGAAAUCAGGAGACAAAGACUAAAUUCACUCUAAAAGCAACAGUUGAAGCGCGCGGCCAGCGUUACCCUACCUUCCAUCCCAAAAUGAUGAUUCCAUAGUCUUUAAACUCUCCCAAGCUAAAUU